UAGAAGUCGCAUGUGCCUGUCUGUCAGACAGUCGGUCCUUCUCUCUCCGUCUCAAUUGUGUGCGUCUAUCUGUGCUCUAUUUGGUGUAUGUUCGUGGAUCAGUUAGUCCGUCUGUUCCUUUGGCGGUCUGGUGCUCUAACUUCGUAUUACACAGCAUGCGGAACUUCUUGUUUAUCUAAUCAUUUACUGAAGUUAGUGGUGCUACCAGGCUACUUUAAGGACCAUUGUGGGUCUUGCUAUUGUUGUCAUCAGCAACUUUGUAUUGCGGUGACCACUACCUUCUUUGCCUGCCCCGCUCGUCAUUCAUAGGAUCGACAUAAACAUGAGCUGACAGAGAGUCACACAGAAAAUCUUGAUACUAUGGAAAGUGGGAAUUGCGCGGGGUUUUCCAUUCGAUCUUCUCGGAUAACUAUCUGUCUGGGGCUAGUAGAAUGCCAAUUAGAAAAGUGCCUUUGAUAAGCCAAGUAAGCUUUUUUUCUCUUUCUUGUGCUAAAGGAAAGUUUCAUUGAAGACCGGCUGUCGGCAGUCCCACUGUUGACCAGCACAGGGUGUCACACAGUGCGUACGAAACCCCGAAUUCACAGUCGUCAUUGGUUAUAGCUGUUGGCUUACAAAAUCACCCACGUUGGGAUCCGGCAAUUUAGAUCUUAUUUCAGGACCAGUGAGAUCACCUUCAAUUCGCUUGCUAAACAACUAACAUCUGAAUUCGCGAGAUAUUAUUGUUUGUUGAGAUUUUGUUGGUGAGAACGGUCCAGUGUCCUAUGGAAUCGUUUUUGUUCGGACACGUUGAUUGUGUUGCGGCGCUUCCUGCUAUAGACUGAUGCGCCAAGUCGGUAAACGCCGAUUGUACAUGGGGGCUCCCAAAUCACGUGUUUCGCAAAACUCGUACGACUUCGAACGAACUUAGUUAACAAAUACACUGAUACCCAAAGCGGUUUUUGCUGUACCACCGCAAGAGAGCCCAAACGGACAACAGUGACAAAAGUUCUGAGCCUGUUAUAUUGUGUCGGUCGGUGAAGUACUAUAAAAAAAAAAACGAAGAAGAUUCAUUAGUCAUCAGUGCUUAAACUACACUGGACACGCGACCCCAUUUACCUUUAAAGUUCUACAGAAUCUUCUGUACGGGGUACAACGACUGUUAUGUAUUCAUCGGCUUUCGCCGUAGCCCUACUGGGCACAACCUAUUUAGUCGGAGCGGCAUUCGAAAACAGCGAAUUUGAAGCGGUACCUGCAGGUACAAGCACACCCGGAAAUGAAGUGCAAUCAACCGCAAAGGCCAUCCUGGCAACUGGCGUGAUUGUCCCAUCGAACGGAGGCAGCAGCGGGGGCGAUAACUUAACGGUUCAGGCUCUAGAGGAGAUUGAGGGUCGCGUGCGGGUUCCCGUUGGUACGAGCCGCUCGCAGGGUUGUCGCUCGUUCCAGGGAGGGGUGGGCCAGUGCGUUGCUUACUCCGAAUGCGAUGUAGCGUUCGAAAAUGAGUUUUUUGCGCGAAGCAGCCUUUGCGGAUUUUCCAACCGACGACCACUAGUCUGCUGUCCUCAUAAAACAUAUGGUUAUGGGCCAUCUAGUUUCCAGACUCCGUUCUUUCCAAAUCUCCCCGAGACCUUUUUUCAGCAAAAUCCGUUUGCAAAUUCUUUCUUUUACACACCAACGCCAGCGUCAUUUUAUCCGCAACAGCAGCAACCGCCACAGCCGGUUCUUGGCUAUCACCAACCAUCGUAUAACCCUGGCUACCACCCUGGCUUCAACUCCGGCGGCUUCAGCUUACACCCACCUUAUGGUAAUGGUUUCUCGUUCAGACCUGCUACAUACCGACAGCCACCGGGGCAAACCUCAUCCUUACAGUUCUACCACAAUCAUCCACAACCUCCAAAUUACUACCACAGUACGUACAACCACAACAACGAAAACAGCCAGGUGCCCCGUCCAGCCCCCUACAACAACAACCAACGUCCCCAGUAUUUAGGUGGAGGUAGUAGUGGCAUAUUUGACGGAGGUAACGCUGGAAAUCCUGCAGGAGGUUAUGGAAAUACACGCAACGUCAAUAACCAGAAUCCGUCCUCAUUCCACGCUGGUUAUGCAGGUUACCAGUCCUCGCAGUUUGCUCGACCACAACAGUCCAAUUAUCAACAGCCGACAUAUCUGGGUCGACUUCCAUCUGUAAGCCAGCCGCGACCGUCCUCGAACCAGUUCGGUUUACCAUUGCCGUACAACCCAUCGACAGCUAGCGAAGCCCCACUGCUUCAGCCCAACUCAACACUGAAUUCGCCAUACUGCGGCCUGGCAAAUUCGACUACGAAAAGAAUCGUCGGAGGUCGAGAGGCCGCCGUAGGUGCUUGGCCGUGGCUUGCUUUGCUGUUUGUCGACGUCUCGGGAAGUGGGUAUAAGGCGCCACUCUGCGGAGGUGCCCUGAUCGAUCCGACGCACGUACUGACCGCAGCGCACUGUGUUAACCUUAUGGGGAACGUGAUUCCAGCGCAUCGUUUCACAGUACGACUGGGUGAACAUGACUAUUUGGGCGUCGAUGAUGGAGCAAACCCAGUAAAUAUCGACGUCAGCCGCGUCUUUAGUCAUCCACAAUUCAACAACCGUACAUACUUGAAUGAUAUUGCCAUCUUGAGAUUACAACGACCGACAUUGUACGGACAAGGAAUCGCUCCUAUCUGUGUUCCUACGACGAAAGGCGACGAUGCAGAGUACAGGGGUAGCGCUACGGUAGCUGGAUGGGGCGAACUGUAUUACGAUGGUCCAGCGAGUUCGAUUCUGCAAGAGGUUACCGUUCCUAUUCAAACGUUAGAUACGUGCAAGGAAGCUUUUAAGCGGACCGUUAUCAAAUUUAACGAGAAUUAUCUUUGCGCCGGAAGUCUACAGGGAGAUCGAGACACGUGUCGGGGUGACUCCGGCGGGCCGUUGAUGAUGCUCAACGAUCAGCGUCGGUAUGCUGUAAUUGGCAUAACCUCAUUCGGACGGAGAUGCGCUGAAAAAGGCUAUCCAGGGUCAUAUACGCGCGUAGCUAAGUAUCAGGACUGGAUUCGGAGCGUCGUAGAACAGUCCUAGAAAAUAGGGAGUCCGACUUGCAAGGAAACUUGGACUUUUUUGACUGGCGGCAGGGGAAAUGAAAAGCUGAAUUCUAUGAGAUAUUUCAGGUAUCGUUACGAUUUCAGCAUAGUAAUAGUCUCAAGAGCUAAAAGGAAUGAAGAGCGACUGAAGUUCUUAACUUAAACGGAAAUGUAGUCCAAGAAACAAUGAACCAAAUGCAAUCAUGUUGCAAUUAAGGCUCUUACUUAGAUUAGCCUGUGCUAAGGUAAAUAUAGCAUUUUAUGAGCUGGGUUUUAACCGGCAAAAAGUUUAACUGUCUGCUAAGCAAAAAUUGUUUAUGUUAACCGAGUACUGUAUCGGUCAUUGUUUACUAUCUGUGAUGAUUGUUAUAAAAAUAAUAACAAAGUAAUAAUAAAAUGUACCUAUUAAAAGUAAUUACAAGAAAAAAUGCAAAAUAUUCCUUGACCAGUGUCAUAUGCAUUUUCUUUAAUUAAAAGGAAUAUAUUAUGAUGUGGAAAAUAUAGACGAGAAAAUGAAACUUUGCAAAAAAUUGCCAGACAAUGAGAAAUGUCCUUUUUCUUUGGCCCCAUUGAUGUUGAGUGCUGUUAGGUGUAGAGCCUAAUACGGACAGAGAUUGUAUGU